AUGAAGAAUGGGAUCGGUGAUCGCUUGAUCAACGUGAAUAAUUCCAUUUUGAAUACCCCGGGAUUCCGCGCCGCGGGCUGGUCCACCGCGUCGUCGACGAAUCAUCUCGUGAAGCGCACGCACUCUCCUCCGAUCCCGACCACCGCCGCCGUCUCCUCGGAGUACUAUCGCUUGGCAGUACGUGACGCCAAUGCUGCGAGAAACGAGCUCCAGGGUCUGGGGCUCGAGGACGGGGACGACGAGGAAGGUGGCUUGGUGACUGGAAAGAACAAUGUAGACGUUAUCGCGCGACGCCAUCCCGGACGAACAGGGAAGAAAAAGAGCAAACGAGAAAGACAACAAGAGCAAUCGCGCCCGGCUGAGGUGGACGAUGAAGACAGCAGUGACCUCAGUGACGAAAGCGACGAUGAUGUAUCAAGUGCCGUCGACCAGAUCAAGUUCUCUCGAAUGCCCGUACGCCGCGAUCGCGCCGGCUCUUCGCCCAUUCGUUCAGCGGAACGACGCGAACGGCCCGAGGUCAUGAUCACAUCGCCGUCGACACAUAGCCUUACGGGCCAUUAUCGAACGGGGUCCUUGGGGACGACCGUUUCAAACAAAGAGCGAAGACCGCGGCGUGAUACAACUACAAGCAGUGAUAUGUCUACGGAUAAUGAGGUUGAGGCUCCUGGGUUUAGGCCUCCCCAAGUGCAGUUUUCCAAGACGGAUCAGCUGGUAGAUCGUCCGCGCAGACGCAGGGAACGUACAGGCAGCCGAGGAGCCGACAGUAUCAUGCUUGAAGAUCUACAUGAGCAGACGGAGGACUCGGGUGCGGAAUCGGUCGAUUCCGCAAUGUCAUCUGACUUUGAUGCCACUGCCGGCUCUGGUUCGCUUCUGUUGACCGGUGUCGGCAUGACAGGUCCUCUGAAUUCAUCGUCUCCCAUGGCACUGAUGCAAAAGCUUCCCAGCACGACGGGGCCGAGUGCAAGUGCUUCGCCGCGCAAGCCCAAGGCUGCACCCGCCAAUUUGCAAGAAGACCUUCCACCGGCACGACCGAUCAGUACACUCCAACCCGUCAGCUUGUUGACCUCGCAGCUCAAGUCUCGCAAACGGGCACCAAGUAACCCUGUGGAGAAAUUCAUGGUCCUCUCUGGGAAAGGGUUGGACGAUCCAUUGUUCUUGAAGAUCUAUCUGCCAUUCUCGUCGGAGCCAGAUGAGCCUAUGGAUCUGCCGGUCAGUCGCGAAUCCAAGCUUAGCCUACAUCCGGCCCCAAUCACAGUGGCAGAGACGAUUGGUCUAGCACUGUGGAAAUAUGCUGAAGACUCGCGGGAACCGGCCAUCACCCGCACCAAGCUGACGGUGAAUCGAUGGGCACUGCGCAUGGUUGACGAUGGAGAGGUCGAGUAUGAUUUCCCUGCUCUGGGACGCAAUCUUCCUGUGACAGACUUUACAUCAAACAACAACCAGGCUAUCAAGGCACGAGGGCGGUCUCGAGGCAAGACAUACGAUGAAUUUGCCUUGGUCGAGGCGUCUAAUGCAGAAUUUGAGGAGAACGAGCGACUGUUCCCUCAGUACAGCCAUGUGGUCGAGGGCGAAGAUGGUGACGAAGCUGCAAGUCAGCCCGCAAGUCUGCCUGCUGCGGGAGCUCCUCCGGGCCAAACGGUCAUGAUGAAACGGAUAAUGGGUCGCAUCAAUCCCAUAUUGGGUCAACCAUUCUCGUCUGCUCUCAAUGAUAGCUCGCUGACCCCGGCGGAUCGGCCUGCCGUACCAACGUCGCACGCGACUCCUCGAUUGGGCGUUUCUAAGACGCUAAAGAUUCGGUUCGUCAAUCGUGAAGCCUCCGCCCACGUCAUGACCUACAACACAUCUUCUGACAGCUAUAUUGCCGAGAUCUUGGAUUCGGUGUGUAAGCGGUGGGGUCUUGACAAGGGCAAUUAUCUGUUGAAGGUGAUGGGGUCCAAUACGAUUGCGCCCUUGGACCGAACUGUGGAAGCCCUCGGAAAUAUUACCGAGCUGGACCUCGUUCGCCGUCGGUUUGGUGUUGGUCCUCUCGCCACGGGGGGUUCGCCAGGAAGUUCGUCUCCAAAUGCUCCUCUUAUGGUUGACAGUAGCAACGCGCCAUCCGUCAAAAAGGGCAAGAAGACCCCUUUACCAUCAUCCUCUCAGAAACAAGAUCUCAUCGGCGGCUACUAUCGGCGCUACCACGUUUUUCGCAAGCAAUCCAUGUCAUUCACGGCUUCAAAUCACUGCAUUCUAACCUUUGACAACGACUACAUGCAUAUCAUGUCCGGCGACACGGGCAAGACCGCCUCAAAUGCCAAGACGCGCUCGAUCAGUUUCAAUGAAGUUGUUGGCUCCAAAGUCAGCCAUCGACAUCCGAAGAGUUUCCGAGUUGUGGUUCUGCGAGGGAACGAUGCUACAGAGCAGAAGCGCUAUGAUUUUGAGGCGCGAAACGCCCUCGAAGCGAUUGAGAUUGUGGACGAGAUUAAGAAGAACAUGCAGCAAUAUCGUACGUAA